CCUCAGCCCGCUACGUGUUGAGCCUGGAGCCUUUAAGCAGCCCAGCAUCCCAGAGGAACUUCUAUAUGCAGGAAACGCUCCACUUUCUCAGCAGAGACAGGUUUGUCAGCUCUCAACUUCAAUGGAGUGUUUUCCACUCGAAGAAAACACAUUUAAUAUCUGAGCAGGCCUGAGAUCUGCGUGGAAAUAGAUGAUAUAUGAACCCACGGAGAGCCGCGCAGAAGGAGAGAGGAAGAGGGGAGGAAGAUAUUUUAACUUUGCAAACCUUAAAGAUCUUAGAUCAGAAGAUAAAAUGAGUAAAUCUGAAGCAAUGACGUUGAAAGCCAGAGUGUUGUAUGAUUUCCACGCGGAAAACCCAGGAGAGAUUUCCAUAGCAGAGAAUGAGUUGGUGACUCUGUUCAGUGAGGAGGAGCUGGAGGGCUGGUUGGAGGGGGAAAACAGCCGGGGUGAGGUUGGCCUUUUCCCUGCCUCCUAUGUUGACAUCAUCAGGGACCAAAUCACUUCCAGCACAAGCAACAACGGCUUCUCCUCCCCCAAGACCAUAACCCAGUCCCCCAGCCACAGCUCGUACGCGUCGCCUGACCCCCACUCGCAGAGGAAGUUCAAGGUCGGCAGUGGUGGAGGAAGCAGCUUCAACACCAGCCAGGGCAGCGAUGACGACUGGGAUGAUGACUGGGAUGAAAGCUCUCCUGCUCAGUAUGAGCCUCAGGGUUUCGGGACCAGCCCUCCAUCGUACCCGGUCACUACCUCCCUGCCCAGCCGGGGGAGCGGCCAACAGCAGCAGCAGGCGAAGAGCUCGGCAACAGUGGGGAGGAACCUCAACAGGUUCUCUACCUUUGUCAAGUCCGGAGGGGAAGCCUUCCUGCUUGGGGAGGCCGCUGCUUUUGUCAAAGACGGGGACAGGAUCUGCGUGGUGAUGGGGAAGUAUGGACCGGAGUGGCAGGAGGACCCUUAUCCAUUCACAUGCACAAUUGACGACCCCACCAAGCAGACCAAGUUCAAAGGCAUGAAGAGCUACAUGUCUUAUGGUCUUACCCCAACGCACACAAAUGUACAAGUCAACCGCAGGUAUAAACAUUUUGACUGGCUCUACGCGCGGCUCGUCGAGCGUUUCCCUGUCAUCUCAGUGCCCCACUUGCCAGAAAAGCAAGCUACCGGCCGCUUUGAGGAGGACUUUAUCUCUAAGAGGAGGAAGGGCCUGAUCUGGUGGAUGAACCACAUGACAAGUCACCCCGUCCUGGCCCACUGCGACGUCUUCCAGCACUUCCUAACAUGCGGAGCGGACGAGAAAGCCUGGAAAAUGGGCAAAAGGAAGGCAGAGAGGGACGACUUGGUCGGGGCAAACUUCUUCCUGACGAUCAGCACACCAGUCGUCCCUCUGGACCUGCAGGAAGUCGAGAACAAGAUUGAAGGCUUUAAGAGCUUCACUAAGAAAAUGGACGAGAACAUUGUCGUGGUGAACACGUCCAUCAAUGAGUUUGCCCGCAAACAGAUAACGGGCUUCAAGAAGGAGUACCAGAAGGUGGGGCAGUCCUUCAAGCAUCUGGCGCAGGCGUUUGAGCUGGAUCAGCAGGUCUACUCGGCAGGCCUUAACAGGGCCAUCUCUUACACCGGCGAAGCCUAUGAGGCCAUAGGGGAGUAUUUUGCAGAGCAGCCACGCCAGGACCUGGAACCAAUUUCUGAUCUGCUGGACCUUUACAGAGGACAUCUGUCCAACUUUCCUGACAUCAUCCAUGUGCAGAAAGGUGCGCUAACCAAGGUAAGAGAUUGCCCAAAGCUGGAGGGUGAGCUGCAUGACCGAUGCAACAUCAUAUCCUGCGCCACGCUAGCGGAAAUCCAGCACUUCCACCGCACGCGCGUGCGGGACUUCCGUUCGCAGAUGCAGCACCAUCUGCACCAGCAGAUCAGCUUCUUCCAGAAAAUCACCGCCAAGCUAGAGGAUGCCUUGAAGAAAUACGACGAUGAGCAAUAACACAGGAAAGCACCAGCCAAACGGAGGGGGAGAAGAAACACAUGAGUAAAGAAUCAAAGGAUUCAUGACUCCAUCUUUUACUAACAUCUUUAAAUCUUUUAAAAGAGAAAAAAAAUUAAAGAUGUUGUGAUGGAUCUUUCAUCUGGCAUGUUGGGAGAUGUAAAAACAGACAACUUUUUGUCUGAAGCGAUGAUGAGUGUACCAGCAAUGGGGAUUUUCUGAAUACUCCAUGCAACAUUUAAAGCAGCUCUGUGUGCUGGGGCCUGCUGUUUGAAUCAUGCUUUCUGGGUCAUGUCACUGACUCCUCUGUUUCUUUCUGAAGGAAUGUGGGUUUUAACUUAACAUAAAUAUGGACAAAAGACUUCUCAAACUGCAUACAUCUAAACCUAAGUUAACAUUUCUGAUAAUUAUUCAAUGUUUUACUUGAAUAACCCCCUCAGUAUUGUUUGAAUGUUUAAUUUGAAGAAAUUUUCACUGUGGAAAGUGACAAAGAGGGCAUGAUCUGUUCCUUCAUUCCAUUUUGUAAAAAUAAAAUAAAACCUAUUAUCAAUUUUACUUUAAAAUCUUGGACAACUCAGAUACUGUGUUUCACAGUAAUCUGAUGAUGUGCUCUGCUUACUCUUGUCGUCUAC